AUGGUGAGCAAGGAGGCUGGCAAGUACGCGCUCACCAACCACUCAGAGUCCGAGUCGGAGGCGGGCCCCUCAGCGGGCCCCUCGCUGGCCCUGGAGGUGAAGUACCCACUGGACGCCGGCCAGCAGCAGCAGCAGUCGGUGCGGAAGCGGAACAAGGCGCUGCAGGUGCGCUUCAAGGACAUCUGCGAGGCGCAGAACGAGCAACAGCGCGAGGCCGCCGCCCUGCAGGCCGGGGGCCGGCCCGCCAAGUCCUCGUCCUACAAAGUGGCGCACCGCAAGUACAUGACCGUGCCGGCGCGCCGCUCCAUCCCCAACGUCACGCGCAGCACGGGCGUGCAGACCUCGCCCGACCUGCGCAAGCGCUACCAGACCUUCCCCUUCGAGCGCAAGAAGGGCCACACCUUCAAGCACGCGGCGGCGGUGGAGACGUACACAGCCCGCGACAACGGCUUCGUGGUGGUGGAGGUGGUGCCGCCGCCACGGGCGCCACCGCAGCCGCCGCGGGCGCUCGCCGGACGGGGGCUGGACGAGGAGGAGGAGGAGGAGGAGGCGGCGGCGGCGGCGUGCGGCCGGGGCGGGGUCCGUCGGACGCGGGCCCUGCUCCACACCAACGAGUGCGUGGCCACGGUGGAGCAGCACAGGGCGCCGGCGGGCCUGUGCUCCGACGCGCUGCUGCUGAGCUGCCCUGCGGAGGUCAGCGCCCUCCCGGACGCGCCACCAGGGGGCGGCGGCGGCGGCGGGGACUACCAGCUCUGCAGCGUCCCCCCGUCCGGGAACCCCAGGCCCCGGCCGCAGCGGCGGGAGGACGGGGCGGGCUGCGGGGCCAAGAGGCAGCUGCUGAACGUGGAGGAGGGCUCGGCCCGCACCCUGCCGGACAGGGUGUCCAGGGUCACGGGCCCCCUCACCUGGAACUCCCUCACGCAGGUGGAGUGUCUGGACAGCCCCUCCGUGAGGAGGAAGAAGGGCCUGCAGCUCAACGGCCUGCAGUCUCAGACGCUGCCCCGAGCCGGGGCCGGGGCCGGGUGCUCGAGGCAGCCGCCGCCCUCUCCGCCUCUACGGGCCACGGAGGGCCCGCCUCUCCUGUCCCCGUGCGGCGCGGGGGGGCCCGGGGGAGCGAUGGCGCUGGGUCCGGGGUCGCCGGAGGCGUGUAAGCAGAUAGUGCCAGUGACUAAAGACGGGGAUGUUAAAGCACAGCUGCAGGUCAUGGAGAACAUGAUCAGCUCCAGUCAGGAGACCAUCAAGGUGCUGCUGGGGGUCAUCCAGGAGCUGGAGAAGGGCGAGGCCCACAGAGAAGGCCUCUCUUAUCGAACGGGACAGGACACAGCAAACUGCGACACGUGUCGCAACAGCGCAUGCAUUAUUUACAGUGUGGAGCUGGACUUCAAACAGCAGGAGGACAAGCUGCAGCCUCUAAUGAAGAGGCUGUGCCCCCCCGAGGAGUCUGGAUUCCCCCCGCUGCCUUACCCCCAGGAGGCCUUCACCUCCACGCCCAAACGCAAGUCCAAAGCCGACUCCAAGAAGCACCCUCGCUGGAAACUUUGGUUCCUUUGA